UUUCUGACAAAGAAAAGGUGUUCUGUCUUCUCACAAGUCUUGGUCCUCAAUAUGAAAUAUUCACAACAACCAUGUUGAAGCCUCCUCUACCAUCAUAUGCCGAGUUAGUCUCUCAGUUACAGAAUCAUGAUCAAAGGCGCAACUUAUUCUCUAAUCACACAGACAUGUCAGCUUCAUCUCUUACUCAUCAUAUGGCUUUUUUCGGGCAACAGCAGCAACGCCCACAACUUAAUCAUUCAGGCUAUCGUGGAUCAUCCCAAAAAUUCACUUCCAACGGCCGUGGGUUCCAAGCCCAACAGCGAAGAGACUUAUCGGCAGCAAAUUCACAACGUCGACCUCCACCCCCUGGUGAACGUCGUAUGACAUCUGCAGAGAGGGAACAAUAUCGUGACCAACAAUGUCAGUACUGUGGGGUAAUGGGUCAUGUUGCUAAGAUAUGUUGGUGGGUGCCAAAGAAAUCCACUCAACAAAAUGAAAUUCCACAAGCCCUUGCAGCACUCACUUUGGAUACCUCUGUUACUGACACUGAAUGGACAACUGAUACAGCAGCUUCCAAUCAUAUGACAGCAACGGGAAACAGGACAGCCAGUGAUCAAAGGGAAACGCAAGGUGAUGCUCUAUUCUACCUAAUCACCAGAAUUAUAUUUUUUCUCAUCCGAUUAAAUUCAGGCACUGCAGAAAAUUUGGCAUCAACGCCUAGGACAUCCUCAUUCUUCAGGCUGAUAUUAUUAACAUUUCCCUUUCAAAUAUUGGUUCCUCCUCCUCAAAUAUCGGCAUUAGUGAGAGUCAAUGGAGAGAUAAGAGUGAUUGUAAUUCUUGGAGAGAAAAGGGUGGAGACUCUCGGACAGAUAUAG